GAUGCUUCUACAUUUUAUUCUGUACCAAUUUAAAAUGUUGGUUCUCAUUUCUUUUUCAGAAUACCUCACCAUUGACUUUGUACUCUAAUUAUCUAAGAGUAACUGUUGGUGUGUGUCAUGGAAAGGGACAAGUGGAAUAUUAAUCGAAGUAACUUAAGGAAAAGGGCUGUUAAAAGAGUCAGACGCUUGUUUGAAUCUUUAGAUAAUGAGGACAUUAAUGUUGAGCAUCAUACUGCAGUUGAGCAUCAUACUUCAGAAAGUUGUGUUGAACAUGAAGGAGUUACUUCAGGCUUUGAUUUGCCAUCCAUCUCUGUAGCAGACCGUAAUGAGGAAAGUGAAUCAUUUGAUGAGGAUAGUCAUAUUGAUGAAAGGGAAUAUCCUGCUAACGGUGAUUUAGCAGGUUGUUUAAAAGACUGGGCAACAAAUUUUGGAGUUUCAUUGAUUGCUUUGUCUGCCCUUUUGUCCAUACUAAAGGUCCAUCAUCCUUCCUUACCAAAAGAUGCCAGAACUUUACUUAAAACACAGACUUGCCAUAGUGUUGCUUCCUUAGGGGGUGGAUCUUUCUAUUAUUUUGGCAUUAAAAAAAUGUUCAGUCAAAUUUUUGACAAGGUUAAGUCAGUUCAGAAUCAUCACAAUUUCAGAUUACAGUUAAACAUUGACGGCCUUCCACUUUUUAAAAGUUCCGGUAUACAGUUCUGGCCAAUUCUGGGAAUGCUCCAAGGUUACAGUAAGAAUCCUGUAGUGAUUGCUUUGUUCUGUGGGAACUCAAAGCCUCAGUCAUUGUCAGAAUAUCUGAAAGAUCUGAUUUGUGAGUUGAAAUCUCUGAGUGCUGGAUUUGUUGUAAAUGGCAAGACCUUUUUUUUAACUGUAUCUUCAGUAAUAUGUGAUGCACCUGCAAGGGCCUUUAUUAAGGGAAUUAAAUCACACAAUGGAUACAGUGGGUGUGAUAAAUGUUUACAGACAGGCAUUUACCUUAAUAAUCGCAUGACAUUUCCAGAACUUAAUGCUACAGUGAGAACUGAUACAUCCUUUUCAAAUGCAGAGGAUGAAGACCAUCACAUACAGCCUUCCCCAUUUUGUGAAGCGUCUGUCCCUAUGGUCAGUGGAUUUCCCCAUGACUAUAUGCAUUUAGUGUGUUUAGGUGUGAUGCGUCGGCUACUUGACUUGUGGAUUGGCACUUGUGGAAAGUUGCAUUAUCGGAUUUCAUCCAGACAGGUGGCUGUCAUUUCAGAAAAGUUGCUUGCUCUCAGAAGUUACAUCCCUUCAGAAUUUGCUAGAAGGCCAAGGGGCCUUGAUGAAAGGUUGCGAUGGAAAGCAACAGAACUUAGGCAAUUCUUACUUUACACCGGUCCGGUUGUUUUGAGGGAUGUUCUGACUGUUGAAGUGUAUCAAAAUUUCAUGCUGUUGUCUGUAGGUAUAUACAUCUUGGCAAGUCCGACAUACUCUUUGAUAUUAAACGACUUUGCCAACACCCUGCUUAGAUCAUUUGUUAAGCAUUUUGGUGAACUCUAUGGUCAUCAGUUUUUAGUUUACAACAUUCAUGGUCUAUCUCAUCUUAGUGAUGAUGUGAAAAUACAUGGACACUUAGAUUUAAUAUCAGGGUUUCCUUAUGAGAACUACUUGAAACGGAUCAAAGGAAUGGUUAGAAAACCAAGUUCACCCCUGCAACAAGUUAUACGCAGAUUAUCAGAACUGCAUUCAACACGCUUCAAUGAUGAGGAAGCAUCGAAACCCAACAAGCAAUUAAAAAUGCCACACUCAGAUGGACCGGUUCCUUCUGGCUUUACAGGAGCAGUCUACCAGUUCAAAGAACUUGCAAUUGAUGAAAUUGUAAUCAACGCAUCAGAGAGAGAUAGGUGUAUCAAGAUGAAUAAUGUAAUUGUUCUGGUUCAAAAUAUAAUAGUCUUUGAGGGUGAGGAAUACAUUGUCUGCAAAGAAUUUAGACAUAUUGGCAAGUUUUUUGACUAUCCCAUUGACUCCACAGAUUUAGGAAUUUUCUUUGCGUCGGAUUUGUCACCAGAUCUGAUGUGCCUCAAGUUAGAUACUAAUGUGCAGAAGUGUGUCCGGUUGCCCUUGGAUGUUGGAUUUGUAAUCAUUCCACUUCUACACACAGACCCAUCCUAAGUUGGGGUCUAAGCGUGACGUUAUUUUAGUCAUAAGGACUGCUGAAUUUUAGGAGUAAUAUUUUUUUAUUUUGUAGAAAUUUAUAAUUUUUGUGCAGAUCAACAUCAAGUUUAGACAGAGGUGAGCGUGUCCAGACUACCUUUAAUUAUCCCUAACAUGUUUCACAUAGUUGAGUUUCUGGACACCCAAGAAGUUGAAGUGGUGCCAGCACUUUGGGUUGCAGAUGAAGUUUGUCAUUGGCCAUCUCACUACAAAUCCGAAGAAUUAGGGAAGGCCAUACGAAAUGAGGAACAGCCUGGACACAUGUGGGAUGUCUUUCGUGUUCGCAUUUUAUACUCAGCUGCAAACUACAAAACUGCUCGACUUAAACUACCUGAAGCAGAAGCCCACACUGACAUUCAGACUGCUGAAGAAGAUGAAGAUGACAAUCCAAAAAAGCGAAAGCGAAUGUCAACCUGUCGCUUUGAGAGUGAUAGUGAGGAUGAAGUUACUGUUAAACAAAAAAAGACUUUGCCUCCAGCUCCAAAAAUUAAAAAGCCUAAUUUUGAAAUAAAGUCUGCAAUGAAGAGGCCGCCUUUAAGAGAGGUUCAAGGGCCUUCCUUACAAAGUUCUCCAACAAAUACAGAGCCCCAGCAGUCUGUACAAAGUCCACCGACCUCCAGCGGACAGUCCAGAUUGAGUAUGACAAAUCCUAGUUCUCAAGAUGAAAGACAGUCAGGAACAAUUUCUUCAAGUGGCCUGUCUGGUUUACUGCAAAGAAUGCUUACAAAUCAGGAAAUGAUAAUGGAACAGCUGAAAAUUAUUCAGAUGAACCUGCAAAAAAACGUAGAUCCCACUCAUGUACAGGAUCCAAUUGAGCACGGUAUACUGCCACUGAAGGAUGCAACUGCCCUACUAGAUCUGGAAAGACGUCUCAGGGAAGAGGUGGACCUCAAAACCAAAAUGAUUACUACCUUGAGUGUCAUUGGAGGAGUUGACGUUAAGGACAGUGUUUGGCGACUUAUGAAACACUGUUUUACCAACUCGUUUGCCAAACAGCUCAAUUGGCGUGGCAUCAAUGGAAAAACAGCUUUCCAUGGACUGCAAAUGAAACAUGUAAUUACAAGUACUGUGAGAACUAACAGGCUCACAGCAACAGCCACCGAUCAGGAGAUAGAGUCUCAUAUUAAGAGAUGGCUGCACCUCGCAGGUGACCGGGAUGGUGGUAGAAGAGAGAGGGAGGAGCGACGACGGACUCAAAAUCAAACCUGUCUGCACAAUGACACUGAUGGGCCCAAUCAAGAACAACUGUAAAUAUGUUAAUAUGCUUAUUGUUUUUGUUUUCCAUAGUUUGUAUUUUAUAGUGUUUAGAGUUUUCUGGUGUUCAGAGUUUUUAUAAAGUUGUUUUGUCUUUAUUUUAUUUUUACAUGCUUUGUUUUAUUUUCUUUGUUCAAGUGUUGGAUCAAGUGUUUUGUGUUUGUUUAUUUUAUUACUUACACAUUUUUUUCCUUGUAUAUGAAGUGUUUUAUAAAGCGGUUUUAGACAUAAAACUAUAAUGUUCAUUUUGUGAUUUAUAUUUUUUACUUUUCUGG